AUGAAGAAAUUCGUCGUUUUCUUUGCUGCUCUGUUGGUUGUAAUCAGCUCGUUUGGAGUUCAGGGACAACCGAAUUAUGAGCCGCAACAUUAUCCUAACGUACCCAUCGGAGACAAUAGUGGGAUGAACGUCCAAGAAGGCGAAAAAAUCUCUCAUUUGGCUUCUAGAUUCUUUUUCAAUCCCAAAAAUGGAAACGCAGGGAGUCAUGGAAAUGGAGGCCAAGGAACUGGACUAGGUCUAAGAAGCGGAAGAGGUGGAAGCAAAGGAAAGAAAGUCACCAAAAAGCCCAAGUUGACUGAAUAA